UUGCUGGUGUUCUGUCUCUGUUUGUCUGACAUUGAGGACGUUCUUGUAGCAGCAGCCAGCUGAUUUCUUGGAUUCUUCUCGUGUAAGAUAGAGAAAGACAUACUGCUCGGGAUUAAAUGUUAUUCGGCAUUGGGCUCCCGGGAAAUCUCGGAAAGGAGGCAUUUUUGACGUUUUCCGGUGAUUGCACUAGACUUUUUUUGUUGGGGGCGAUUCGAGUCCCUGUUCUUUUUGGUUUUAUUGUAUGGGCUGUGAACGUCGCCUGGAGUUUGUGUUUGGAUUGUUGAGUUCGCUUCGUGGGUAUGUUUCCGUGUGAAGAGAAUCCCAGAAUAUGCUUUCUCUGCGUCCCAUUCGCAGAUUUUGCCAUGCUGCCACCGCCGCCGCCACGGCCACCGCCAUUUCAUCGAACAGUAGUCCGGCAGCUGUAUCAAGCCAUAUUCACAAGGCAAAGACGAUAGAGGAACCUGCUCUGAUGAAGCUCAAAUCUGAAAGAGACCCUGAUAAGCUAUUUCACCUAUUUAGGGCGAAUGCUCACAACCGCCUUGUUAUUGAGAACCGUUUUGCUUUUGAGGACACGAUUUCUAGGCUAGCAGGCGCUGGUCGUUUUGACUACAUUGAGCAAUUGCUUGAGCAGCAGAAGGCCCUUCCACAGGGUCGCCGUGAGGGGUUCAUUGUGAGGAUUAUCAUGCUGUAUGGUAAGGCCGGAAUGGUUAAACACGCUCUUGACACUUUCCAUGACAUGCACUUGUUUGGUUGUAAAAGGUCUGUCAAGUCUUUCAAUGCUACAUUGCAGGUUUUGAUAGAAGCGCGUGAUUUAAUAGCUAUUGAGGCCUUCCUUAGCGAGGUUCCACAAAGGUUUAGUGUAGAGCUGGAUAUAAUAUCUAUUAACAUUGUUAUUAAGGCAUUCUGUGAAAUGUCUUUUUUGGAGAAGGCUUAUUUAGUCAUGGUACAGAUGGAGAAAUCUGGCAUCAGACCAGACAUAGUUACAUAUACUACGCUAAUGUCCGCUGCCUACAAGAAUAAUAGGUGGGAACUUGGUAACGGUUUGUGGAAUCUUAUGGUGCAUAAGGGUUGUUUGCCGAAUCUAGCAACUUUCAAUGUUAGAAUUCAGUACUUGGUAAAUAGGCGGAGAGCUUGGAAUGCUCAUAAGAUGGCUGCUUUGAUGAACAAAAUUGGGAUUGACCCUGAUGAAGUCACGUAUAAUUUGGUGAUUAAAGGGUUCUUCCUCGCGGGAUAUCCUGAAAUGGCCAAGAGGGUUUAUUCUGCAUUACAUGGCAAAGGAUACAGACCAAAUAUUAAGAUUUACCAGACCAUGAUCCAUUACCUUUGUAGGGGAGGCGAUUUGGAUUUGGCAUAUUCAAUGUGUAAGGACUGCAUGCGAAGAAGUUGGUUUCCUAGCGUCGAUUCCAUUAUUGCACUUCUCGAAGGCCUAAAGAAAAGUCAGCAGCCUGGGAAAGCUAAGAUGAUCAUAGCAUUGGCUCGGAAAAAGAUGCCACCUUUUUCUGAGAUACAGAUGGACUCUUUUCGGUCCAAAUUAUCCUAGAGACGAUUUUGGGCGGAUGAUGAACCUCUUAAAAUUAUUUCAGACAAUCAGUGCUGUCAUGCCUAACUUGAAAUUUCAGAGCACUGUGAUAUCAACAUGAGAUCAAAGGAGCAAGCGUAUAUCAUAAUCAUUCUAAGGAACAUUGGUUUCCCCAGCCUAUGGAUCUUGGGUUUUUUGCUACAAAAUGAGUGUUCCAGGUGGAUGACAACCAUGUAGUUGCCAUUGUUUGUAAUGUAAUCUCUCUCACUCUCUCUCUCUCCCUCUCCCUCACGACCGCGUGCAUGACCACGAGCAUGAAGAAACCCUUUGCAUGUUAAGGCUGUGGUUUCCUAGACUUCUCCAUAUAGAAUUAGUUUAGAGGAUGAAUUUGACAUUAACACUAGCUACCUCCUGAAAAUUGUCCCCAGUCCCCAUUGUUUGUCCUGAUAGAUUUGACUUCUGAGUUUUCUCAGUGGGCUUGUCUAUUCAGCUCUUUUCUGAGAAUGGAUGGCGAUGGACACAGAGGGACCUCGUCAGGCUGUCAGUGCAUCUGGCAUGGAAUGACCAGCCUUCUUUCAUGGCCUUGUGGUUGGACUAAAGGUGACCAUACCUCAAGGACAGAGGUUCAAGGCAUGGUGAGAGAGAGGUUUAGUCGGAAUAACUAGCACAGUUUCACGAGUACCUGUGUACAAGGUCUAUUCUAUGACUUAUCUUUUUGUAUUUGAUGAGAUCUAUUUAACAGAUUACAGGUACAUAAGCUGUAAUAUCAAGAAUUUUGUAUUGAAUUACAGAGAGAAUUUAGUUUGUGAUUAUGUUAACCUCUUCCAUUUUGGACUGGAGUUUGAUUACUGAGUAAAAGAUAUUGAACCUUUGAAUUUUACCUGAAAAGUAAGAAAGCACUCAUCAACGGAUCAUAUGGGCCUCUUUGAUGUCAUGAAUGGCUGAGGCAUGGUAGGCAUGCAAUGCAAUUUCUAUACUGCAAUUAAACUUUCCUUUUGAAAGAAGGCUUGCCCAUGCAUCUGGCUGACCAUAUUGUAAUCCUUUUGACAUAUUGGAAAUAGGAAUUAUGGGGCUUUUUGAACAUUUCUUUUUUGGAAAAUGAAGCAAGAGAGAAAUUCUAACUUCGAGCCUUGAAGUUGUCCUAGAAGUUCUGAUCAACAGGACAAGAUCGAGCUUGCUACAGCUUCCAUGAGAAUAGCUGCUGCCUCUGUUAGGAUACUGGUCAAGAGCAUAUAGCAAAUAACCAACAGAAGCAAUUCUUUUCUUUUUCAGUUUGAAAAAGAAAUGGUUGGUUUCGAGUUCUCGCGCUUGCUUCCUUACGAGGCUCUGAUUCUUUCAUGGUGGUCGCGUGGCAAUUAAAUCCUGCCACUGCAGUAGGGACCUAGCUCCUCUAUGAAGGUAAUAGAUAAGUGAUUGCUACCAACAUCUUGAACCCUCAGCCUUGGCACUUGUCUUGUUAUGGAGAUGAAUGCUUACUAUAUACCCAUCAAUACUUUGAUGCAAUAGGUAUGAGCCAGAAUUGUUUUCCAUCAAUUUCAGUCGCACGGCAUUGACAGAUUCUUUUGAUACGGCCUAUGGCUUCAAGUUGAAUGAUCAAGUAUUAGAGAAAGUGGAAAGUUCCAGAGCAAUAUGGAGAUACUUUUUGUCGUUGGCUAUGUUUUCAUGGAAAUGCUGUAAUUCUUUGGGAGCUGACCCUUGGUUCAGUCUUACUCUUGUUACUGAUAAUGUUGUUUAUAAGUCAUGGCUUCCUGUUGAUGCAUUGUAUAUGCACAAGCAUGCAACAUUUCCACUUGGCAUCUUUUAUUGAUUACUAAGGUCUAGGGCGGGCAUGUUGAUGGAGUUGCAAAGAGAACGCACCAAUGAGCCG